CUCGUCCCGCCACGACAUGGUGAGUGUUGUGCCGCCCUCACCCUGAGUAAAUUGUGUGUUAAAAGCCUCACCUUGGACUUAGUUCUGAGGAUUUACGUCAACACACAACAGAAUUUAUGACGAAGGGUACCUCAUCCUUCGGAAAGCGGCACAACAAGACACACACGUUGUGUCGCCGUUGUGGCCGUUCGUCAUACCACAUCCAAAAGAAAAAGUGUGCCCAAUGUGGGUACCCAAGGAAGAAGACCAGGCGUUAUAACUGGUCGGUGAAAGCUAUUCGCAGGAAGACCACUGGUACUGGUCGCAUGCGUCACCUUAAAAUUGUGCACAGAAGAUUCAGGAAUGGUUUCCGUGAAGGCACCAAGGCAAGGCCCAAGAAAGCUUCUGCUCAGUAAUUGUAAACCUGAAUAAAGAAAAAAUAUUA